AUGCCCUCCAGCUCAGUCACGUCCGUGCCUUCUUCACCGUUCGACCCGGCGAUCGGCUUGAAGGUGCGCCUCUACAACGCGAGCCAUUCCGCCUGCGUGGCGGUAGGUCACGUGGUGUCGGACGCCACCGCGGAGGCCGCCCUUCGUCACUGGCAAAGUUCUGCCAGGCUACAAGGUCUUUCCGGGAGGAGGCAGAGCGUGGUGGUGAAGAUUUCCGAAGCGAAGGUUCCGAGCGCCUUCUUUCAGUACGCCAAGUCGCCGCCGUCGCCGGAGGGAAAUGGAAGUCGACGUUGUACGAUAGGACAGGCUGCACCCAAGAUAGCAUUUCCAAAGCACGGCGCCACGACUGGGGGGGGGGGAAAGAAGGUUGGCGACGAGUCUCCGGAGGUUGCUGAAUGCGGCGAAUUCGAGGGCAUGGUGUUGUGGGACCUUGACCACAUGCGGGAUGCGGAUUCCUACAAACCUCCGCUCCACCGUGUGGUGGACGACGGCGGCGUCGAGUAUACCGACAACUUCAGCCUCGACAAUCUCCCGAUGGGGAAGGUGGUGCAGGGAAGGGAUGUCAUCGACAGCGUAGAUGUGGCAGAGGAUGAUGGCGUGGAGGACGAGGAGCCGCUCGAUCUCGACUCCUCGGUUGACGACGUCGAAGCUGUAGCAUCUUCUACCGCCACCGGCGCAGCUUCGGGUGAUUCCGCUCUGCCUGGCGCUGCCUCGAACCCUCCGACGAGCUCGAAAAAACCCGCUGCGGCAUCAUCUUUGCCUGUGCGGUUGGAUCCGUUCCAUGGGAUAACUCGCGUCACCAAGUGGGUUCCUAAGGGGCAUGGUGCGUUCUUCCUGCUCUGCGCCCUCUUGCGCGAUGCCAUCUUCAUGGUGAACCAGGCCGACAUCAAGGCCGCAGAGCGCGUGCUGCAGAACGAGGGGAAAAGUGCUGCAGACAUCCAGAACAUGAAGGCCAAGGAUUGGGGCUUCUUCUUGAAGAACGCAAGGCGUCGUGUUCCCGCCCCAGAGGUCCUCCUGGCACGGUUUGAUGCUGUGAUCAGUGCUUGCAAGGAUAUCAGGGACGCCAAGACUGGUCAAGUGCUCCUCUCGCCGGCAGCGAUGAAGGCUGUUGGGUUGCUGCGAGAGCACAUUCGGCUCGGAUGCUUCAGCGACCCCGUUGGAGUCCCACUCUACUUCGAGCGUGGUAAGACAUCCACUGGACUCACGCGAUUCCGUUGCGUUCGGGGCACCAACAGCACGGAGGGGUACCACCGGUAUCUCAAAACCCUCUUGGCGGCCUUCUGCGCAUCUCCGGAGGUGUGCCACACGGUCUUGAUGGAGUUCAACCACCGUUGGAACAUCAGCAGGGCAGUCGAGAACCGCGGCAUGGCAGCGGAAAUUGGGGGUUUCAGCCACCAGUACAUGAUCGACCACAUCCAGCGUGCCACUGCUGAGUGGUACCCUGAUCAGCCGCUCUUCUCUGGGUGGGUUGCUCCGGCGGACUUCGAAGACAGCGGCGAGAGGGCAGGCUUGGCAGCCAGCGUACUGACGUUCGAUGGCAAGCCGGCGGGGGCGGACGUCGAGGACAGCUUCAGCCCAGAGCCUUCCGACGGAGGUGCCACCAGCACCGACAUGAACGGCAGCGUCGACCACAGACUGCAUGCCCUCCAGCUGCUUCCCUCCGCUCGACACCUGGCGUCUCUGAUGCGCUUCUCGACCCCGGUUACGCCGGUCAGCACGCCUGCAGAAAAAGAGAAGUUUCGAAAUGAGAUCUUCCAGUACUUCCGACCAGGUGGCGGUUCAUCGUCUCGUGACCAUCAGAGGAUUGACUUCUCCAAAAUGGUGGUGGACUGGAACCGAUGGUGCCAGCGCAUCGAGUCGGGCCAGGAAGAAUAUGCGCCCAUCAACAGGAAGACGACGGGCCACCUCCAGAACUACUACAAGCAGUUCACGAGUUCGGCGAACUUCUUCAACACCCUCGGGCCCGUUCACGGACCGAUUGGACGGCUCACGGCGUCGCUGAGGCAACCCGAUGAUGCCGUCGGGUCCAUCCGCUCGCCGCAAAUGCCUGCCCCCAACCGCGGUGUCGGCGGACUACUGACUGCUUCCGCCGCGGUCGCGGACGCCGCGAUGGCGGCGAUGAGGGCGGCGGCAAGGGAGGGGGGGGCAGGCAGCGGUCAGGGCGUGGUUGUAGGGGGCUCCUCCGAGGAAGGAGGUGACCCGGUAGAGAGGUCGCCGAUCUCGGCUGGGUCUGGGUCUGGGGCGGCGGGGGCGGCGGGGGCGGCGCGGGCGGCUUUGCCGCAGUUCAGGGCCUGCACCGAAUGCGGACACCACAAGGGUGCAUAUCGUGCUGAACACCCUGGGAAUCGCCGUGGACAUAAGGCGAAAGGUUCAGCGCCCCAGCCCGACGUUGAACCGGCGAAAAAAUGUUCAGUGGACCAGAGCUUGCGGCGUCCAGAGUCGGACAAAGUCUGGAACCCGAAGCAAAGAAAGCGGACGUUUUUGCCCUGCCCGUGCGAUGUAUGCAAGGGCUCAUACGCACACGUGGAGGAUGGCGUUGGUUAGCCUGUACUGCCGGGUCGAGAAGAGCUGGACACAUAACGAAAAAUGUAAAUAUUUGCCUACCGGUUCAAAAGGCCGUUCGGUCAGUGAAAAGUGCACACUUGUAUGGCAGUCGCCCAGAAUUUUGGAUUGUCAAGGAAAUUACAAAUGGCCCACGAUUAAGGCAGCAGAUACCGCACAACGGCUGCCCAGGCGAUGUGUGUUAGUGUGUGGUGCUUUUUUUUUUUUCCGGCACCAUUUGCUGUCUUUCAACAACGAUAUUGAGUUGGACGGUGUGCUAGAUGUGCCUGAGAAUGCAGUGCAAGAAACCGUUUCGAAAUCGGCUCACAGUUCGAGGAGAAAGGCCUACAAACAGCAGUGGAUCAGCGGUGUGUCCAAAAAAAAUAAAAAAUACAGUGCAAACGCCUCUGAUCUUUUUUUCGCGCUUCGCGCGAAAAAUUAUAUAUUACGUCCCCGCCUAGCCCUACCUAUGGGCCCUGAGCCUCGAGAAUUGGGGCCUCUCCUCCUUCUCCCUCUCUCCUCUCUCAUGCGAGCUAAUACACACAGUUAAACAGCAGCCCCAAGUCCGCCGGCCCUUAACAGGGCUAGGGCUCACGAACACGCUAGCGUUCGUCCUCCCGGGAGGAUCCGCAAGACGGUGCGGGCUAUGCCAAGCGAGAGGCAGCGGGGUUCCAGCAGCCAGGGCCGAGUCGGAAGGGCAAGGCCAGGAGAGGUCGGCGGCGCUGCAAGAGGGCGCCGCGGGUGCGGCGGAAUUGGGGGUUCCGUCGAGAAGCCACCGAGAGNGGCGGCGCUGCAAGAGGGCGCCGCGGGUGCGGCGGAAUUGGGGGUUUCGCCUAGCAGCCACCGAGAGCUGUGUCCUGCGGUGGUCGUCAGGGAGGGCGACACUGCUGGAGGAGAGAGCAGCAGUAGGUCGGGCGUGGAAGGCGCCCUGGUGCGGGAUGUGGAGGUCCCUGCUGCAGGUGGGUUUGGUGCAUUCCAAGACACCAACUCUCUUCGUAGUACGUUCGGCAGUGCUUGCGUACAGCAGUCUGCUGCCGCUGGAGACACUGGUGAGAGUGUCACAGCAACCGAUCAAUUCAUUCAGGGGAGGUCGGGUGGAGAAUGCGGCAAGCAAGGCGGAAGGGUCGUGUCCACUGUUUUGCCUUGCGGUAGUAGCGGGCGGGGCGCACAGAAGUCGCCGGAAUUGAUGGUGCAACAGAACGGACGGAGGGGCCGUGAAGUCGCGCAGUUUUGGCGCGCACUCCAUC